ACCUUUUGUUCUUCGUGGUCGCUUGUCCUGGCUGGACUGUGCUAUCAGUCGUCUCGUCGGCACAUUUAUCAGCCUGAUUCUUUUGCCUGGUAUGCAGUAGUAGACGAAGACGGGACCUUCAUUGACGAGACCUACCUCGAUUUGUCACAUUUCGUCCCUCUGUGUUCAUGACAACUACUUCAUUGAAUGACCUGAACGUAAGCUAGUUACUUGGUGCCAGUUUGUUGUUGCUGGUAGCCGCGUGAAAAUCUGCGAGAAAGCUCUUGGGUUACGCGCAGCGUUUUCGAGCCCGCACGGUUUGCCGGAUAGAUGGCUGUGAGUCAGUUGUCUACGGAGGUAGUGGACACGUGGAAAGUUGGUGACGAUCCUGAAGAGAAAUGUGCUGAACGUCCGGUUAAUCCGAAUAGAAUUCCUGUAAUACGGACUAGGCCGAGUAGUGCAGCAUCACACUGCUACUACUGCUGCAUCAGUACUGGACUUGUGUGGCCUUGUACCCGGGCUUGAGUGGAAAUAAGUUAUAAUUUUAUAAUUUCGUUCAGUGUCAGUCGGUGGCGAGCUAGCUGCCGUUGAUCAAUACAAGAAUUGCCGGCCUGAGUGUACGUCAGUAAAAGGAGCGUGAGCAUAUUCCGUACUUGGACGUCGCAGGCAGAACUGACUUCACCAUGACAACCACGGAGUCCCAGAGUGCCGAGAAUCACCGUGGCAACGGCAGCUCAGAAGCGGACGGUGGGGCGAGUAAGGACGCGGACAAGUUCCCCAUCCUGGCGACUGCACCGGCGUACUUGAGUAUCUUCUCGUUUUUCUUCAGCCUGCUGAUGGUGAUGCCAUUCCUGCCGUUCAUGACCAAGGACUUUGUGGAUCGACCGAGAAAUGAGUUAGGGUACUACGCUGGGUUUCUAGCCAGUGCCUUCUCAGUGGGUGACUUGAUAGGCAGUACGGUGUGGGGCACGUUGGCAGAUCGCUAUGGCCGUCGACCCAUCAUGAUCAUGUCGCCGAUCGCCUCCUCCGUCUUCGUCAUCUUGUUCGGCCUGAGCCGGUCGUUUGCGUGGGCGGUGAUUGCGCGCCUCUGCUGGGGCGCGGUGGCCAGUACAAUGGCCGUCACCAAGACCCUGCUCGGCGAGCUGUCCACCGAGAGCACGCGGGCGCGCAUGUUCGCGCUGAUCGGCUUCUCGAACGGCGUGGCCGGCCUGCUAGGUCCCGGCCUCAGCGGCUUGCUCUACAAGCCGUCGGCCAAGUACGCUAGCAUGGACACAGAGUUCUGGCGCUCACACCCGUACCUGCUGCCCUGCCUCAUCGUGGUCCUCGUCAACCUGGUCAGCUUCGUCAUGUCGCUGCUCUUCCUCAAGGAGACGCUGCCGUCGGUGGAGAAACACGCGCCGCACUCGCCCGCGCCCAGCAGUGCCGACGACGCCAUAGGUGAUGAUGAUGAUGUCAUAGGUGACGGUGAUGAUGUCAUCAAUGACUCAUCAUUCGCAGCAGCCGCCGCGGCCACACUGGGUGACUGUGGUGCUGGUGAAGCCACUGGCAGCGGCGAGCAGGUGCAGUUGAGAGCGGUGGCGUCGUCACCACGGAAACAUAAUGGCCGGCCGCAUCGAGACAAAACCGAAUCGCCUCUGGUGGUGACGAUGGCUGCAUCAUCUAAAAGUGCGAGAGAUGGCCCAACAUCAUCGACAACAACAUCCGUGCAAACCAAGAUUAUCACCGGGCAGGACCACGCGGGGAAACGAGAACGUCGGAACAGGCAAAGGAGCAUUGCCGCUCGCAUCCAACAUCGCAUUGGCCACGGCCGUCGCAGCUACCGUAAUCUCCCCGAGCCAGGGAAUGACGACUUUGGUACUGAUGAUGCUGCGGCUGCUGUUGACGAUGGUGAUGAUGGUGUCGCUGUCUUGCUCGAAGACUCGUCAUCCGCUCCUCGGGGUAGCGGCAACGGUGGCAAAGGCGGGUGCUGCCGGGGACUGCGCAUGUACGCGCGCAUCCUGCGCUUGCUGCGUGUGCGCACCAUCCGCCUAGCCGUCUCCUCAUACGUCAUCCUGGCACUGACGGGCAUGAUGGUGUCGGAGACGCUGCCGCUGCUGCUCGUCAACAAUUACUCCCACGGCGGCCUGUGCUUCAACACGUCCGAGAUCGGCGUCUUCAACUCGGCCAUCGCCGUCUUCCAGCUCGGCUCGCAGAUGUUCCUCUACCCUCGCCUGGCCAAGCGCUUCGGCUAUCGGCGACUGCACCAAGGCGCCAUCGCCGUGUUUGCCCUCGGCUGCUUCCUCACGCCCUGGCUGUCGAGCAUCGUCGGCUCGCAGGACCCGCUGCCGCGACAACCCGCUGCCGCGGCGCUCGCCAAUCAGACAUCGCCGAACCCCACGACGGCCGGGGGAGCGUACGACAACUACAAGGAGUCGAAAUAUUACAACCUCAGCGGUGGCGCGCCCGAGCAUUGCUACACGGCACGGACCCGCGUCUGGAGCUCGCUGAACACGACGGUGUCGUCACCGUCCACUGCACUGCCCGUGCAUGGUCGCGCCAUGGACAAUUCAUCCGCAGAGCUGCUGUGGAACUACACGACAGUCACCCUAGACCAGUGCGGACGCGUAUCGCAGGAUCAGAUCGAGCUCAUUCCGCUCGACCAGCGCGUCAGUGAGUUCCGGUACCUGGCGUGCCUCGACUGGUGGGUUUGGCCGACGGUGCUGCUGAUGCGACUGCCCGUCUUCCUCUCCAUGAUCAUGGCGUUCACGUGCACAAACGUGUUCAUCAACAACUCGUGCGACGCAUCGGUACGGGCGCGCGUGACCAGUCUGGGUCAGAUGUCGGCGGCGGUGGCUCGCAGUGUGGGUCCGCUCAUCUCCAUCCUGUUUGCCUGGAGCACAGACAGCGGGCUGUCGCUGCCGCUCAACUACCACCUGACGUUCUGGGUGGCCGCGCUGAUCACACUGCUCACCAUCCCGGUGUCGCGAAGACUACCGGCCAGCGUGGAGACCACCACCGCCGCCACGCGGAUGGGGUGCAAGGGAAGAACGCCGGCGUCAAGCGAGCGCGGCACGACGGCGAGGGCGGCUGCGGCGGUGGUUGCCAGGCGGCGUCAGUCCACUCUAGACGCAGAGCAAAACGUUCUGCUACACGACGAGGGUGACGACGAGGGUGCAGCGAUUGCCCUCGACGAGGACGAGGUGGCUGUUUGAAGGACGCUUUUGUGCACGGUUCGUGCGUGUGUGUCGUGUGUUUACUGGCAGUUUCUGGGACCAGCAACACAUCCCUGGUGGCUGGUUGACCUGCUAAGCGCGUGAGCGCUCACAUGCGCACGCACACACACACUAUUUCUCUCUCUCUCUCUCUCUAUCUCUCCCUCUC